GUGGGGAGUCGGGCCAUGCCGAGCCGAGCCGAGCCGCGGCUGGGUGAUGUCAGGCUCGAGGAGGAGCCUCCGCCGCCUGCCCUUUUACUUUCGGGCGCCGGCACUUGGCCGCAGGCUGCCGCCGCUGCUGGCCGGGCCCCCCCCCCCCAGCCCCUCCGCUAUGGGCACCCCGCACUUCUAAGGCGCCGCCCCGAGGGGGGGGCACGGGGAUCUCAUUAAAAAAUCGCUGUUUACGUGGUUAUUCAUUGCCCCGCGCCGGGUAUGUGAACAGCCACCCCCCUGCCCCCCCCGGCUCCCCUUCCAUCCACCCCCAGCGCCAUGCCGGCAGCCUGCACCCUGCUGCUGCUGCUGGGCUUGGGGCUGGUCCCGGUCCCGCCGGCCGGGUCGCUGCCCCUCGCUUCCCCACGGCGUCUUCCUCCACCUCCCCCUCCUCCUCCUCCGUCCCGAAACCGUCUCGGCCGCCCUUCCUCGCUUCCCGCCGCGGGACACGCCGGCAGCCCGGUCAUUGAAAGCAGCCAUCAGGAGAGAAGUUCAAGCACAGAGAUGAGGACUCCUGGUGCCCCUGUGGAGUUGGAGACGAUGCUGGCUGGGAGCAGGGAGUGGGCAUUGCUGCCUGCCAGGCACGGGGCAGUGCCAGCAGCAAGCAGGGUCGCAGGGCACACUGGCCCCCCUGGCAGUGAUGGGGAUGUCACCCCUCCAGGAGCAGGAUCCCCAGAGAGCCCAUCUGCUGGGACAGAGACCCACCUGCUCAGCCACAGCCAUCCUCCCGACCCUGGAAGCCAUCACCCCGCUGCAGGCAGGCCGGGGAGAGGCACGAGGGCUCUGGCUUCUGCCAGCAGCCCUGCAGCUGCCGAGGGGACACCGCCGGGCGCGGAAGCCAUCGGCAGCGAUUCGGCUGAGGGGACACGGGGAGGGCACCAUGGGGUCUGGAACGUGUCAGGGCCUAACGCUGUGAGGACUGUGCUGCUGCCUUCGUCUUCUGAACCUCAUCACCCAGGCACUGGCAGCCUCUCUGAACCCGUGAGCAGCUGGGUGGGCACAGAGCUGGGCAGCAGCCCUGCCAUGGGCACUGCAGCUGCUCCACCCAGCCCCUCGGGGAGCAGCCCCAGCACUGCCCUCCCUGGCUCCCCGGGACAGCCCCAGGCCUCUUCCCAAGCUUCAAGUACCCAGACUGGUGCAGAGCACAUCAUGCUACACCCCAGGGGUGUCACAGGGAACUUCACCAGCCCCUGGCUGACUGCAUCACCUCCCAUGGACAACGCCUUCGGAGGCGUUGGAAGCAGCUACCAGCCAUCCAAGAACUCGGCUGCGGAGAGGUUCGGUUCGGAUUUCCCCACCACCGGCACCUCCAUUUCCACAGCAGCUGCCAAGGGUGGAGGGAGGACAUUAAGGUCUCUGCCAGCCAGCACCAGGCUGGUCACCAUGGCAGAGAUUUCCACCUCUGGGACUGAAAUCACCAGCCCUUCAGCCCAGAGCCACAGUCCGGGGGUGUCUGUGGGUGCCCAGGGUGAUGGAGGCAGAGGUGUCACAGACCCAUUGCUCUCAGGCUUGCUGCCCGUUUCAGGAAGUGCUUCCACAAAUUUUAGCCGUGAUUAUGAACCUUCCAAGAGCAUCCCAGGUGCAGAAGAGGCCACGCUGCACUUGGACAUCCAGGCUGCUGACAUUUCCAGCAUGGCAGUGGGGACACUGAUGUCCCCAGAAGAUGACCACACAGCUGGGGUGACAAGGGACUCUGCCACCAGCAGCAACCCCACAAGCUCUUUGGGCAGGACCUCCUCUUCCUUGAGGACUGGGGCACAUCAUCCCAACAGCUCACGGGAAGCCACCGAUCUCCCAGCCCCUCCUGGGGGUGCUUUGCUCACAAGCUCCCUCUCUGCCUCUGAAGGUCCUUCCCGAGGUGUAAGCAGCCACCGGCCAGUGGCAGAGAGAACCUCCCUCAGUUCCUCUGCCACCAGCACUCCCAUUUCAGCCACGUCCAGCAGCGGUGGGAGGCCACCCAGGUCUGCCUUGGGCAGCAGCCCCUGGGCAGCAGCCAAGGGCUCCACGUCCAGCCGUGCCAUGUACAGGACCUUGGAGACAACCCAGUCCUUGUCCACACCUUCUGGGAGAGAGACCUCCAGAGCUCAGGGGUCCACAGGAAUGACAGAUUUCACUGAGGUGGCAGACUCUCUCCUAACACACUCUGGCUCUCCUUUGGAAGGUCCUUCCCCAGCUACUGGAAGCAGCCAUGUGUCCUUCAGCAUCCUAUCAACAGAGAGAAAAACCAAUUUCACCACCACCAGCACCUCCAUUUCCACAACAGGCACCAAGGGUGGAGGGAGGACAUUAAGGUCUCUGCCAGCCAGCACCACCCUGGCCCAAACAACAGAGGUUUCCACCACUGGUACUGAAAACAUCAGCUCUCCAGGCCAUUCCCAGUCUUCUUUGGGAACCCAGGGUGGUGGUGGCAGAGGUACCACCCUGUCAUCUGUGACCCCAUGGCUCACAGGCUCACCAUCUGCUUCAGAAAGCACUUCCCCAGCAGACAAGACCUCAGCAAUGGGAGGGCACCUGUCUCUCACCAGCACACCCAGUGUUGUGACAGCUGCCACCAGUGAGGAGAGCAGCACAGUGCCUGUGUUGGACACCCAUGGAGCUUCCAGUGCCAUAGGGAACUCUGCUCCCUCUCCCCCUCACACUGGCACCCUGGACAUGGUCCUGCUGUCCUCACCAGCAGCAGAGCCUGGGAGACAGAAUCAUGUUUCACAGAGUGGGGCAGGACUCAGUGAGCUUCCAACAAAGCUGCAGCCUGCGUUUUCUCCCAGCAUUUCAGUGCCUUCACCUUCAACCACACUCUUCAUCCACAAGGAAGGGACAUCUCAAGGCCCAGGCGGCCGCAGCAUGUGGAGCACAAAAGCAGAAAGCCUCACAUCUCAUCUGGACACAGCUGGGGACACCCACACUGGCCCUGUCCCGUCCUCCACGGCAUGGCCUCGAGUGAGACAUGUGUCAUCUGGCCAAGCAGGGUCCCCAGAGCCCAAGGCCACCCUUUCAUCCAAGGUCUCCACCUACUUCUCAGCUGCUGCUGAACCUUCCACUACUGACAGCAGCCCUCGCUCCCUGAGCAGCUCAGGUGCUGGGAAGAGGAUGUCCAGCCCCAUCACCGAUCUCGUGUACAGUUCAUCCACAUCUGCGGGUGCUGAGGAGAGGAUGCUGCCCUCAGUGACAGAUGGCACUCUGGCUGCUGGCGUGGAGACCUCUUCUUUCCCUGCUGGAGCUUCCAGCUCUCCAGGGCCGUCUGAGCCAGCAUUGCUAGAGCAGGGCAGGACAGCCAAUGCCUCCUCCAGCAGCAGCGGGGGCUUCACGGGCCCUGCGACGGAGACGGUCUUUGUACGUUCUGCCAAGAUACCCACUUACUCUUCUUUCCAAAACGAUCUCACAAACUUUUCAGGAAGCCAUCAGCCAGUCAGUAGCAGUGAUGCUGAGAAAAGGACCUCGGUUUCCCACACUGAUGGCACAUACAUUUCAACCACAUAUACCAGAGGAGGAGAAAGGACCCUCCUGUCUAUCUCCAACAGCAGCACCUCUGCUGACUCCUCAGAAAGUUCCACCUUUUUUUCUGAAAUUUCCAGCCCUUUUGAUGCCUCACAAUUGUCUGUGGCUCAUGACAGGCAGACCAAUGCAUCAAACAGCAGCAGUUUUGUUGAACCUUCUACGGAGCCGUUGUUGGUGCACCCUUCCAAACCAUCGGCGUCUGCUUCUACAGGCAGCAUAGAAAAUACAACUCUGUUCAACACUGCCUCUGAGUUGUUGACCACUCACAGAUCAUCUCUGUCUUCAUCAGCAUUUCCAGCCUCUUCCUCACUGUCCUCACUGCAGCACUUGCUGUCGUCAACACCGCCGCCAACUCAUCUGUUUACACUGUCAGAAUCCCCUGAGCCACGCUUGCCCGCUGUGAUGGCAUCUUCACCGUCUCUGCAGGCUUUGUCGUCCUCUUUGCCCACUUCCUCCUUGCCCUCCCCCUCUUACUCAUCAGCAUCUUUAUUGUCUGUGUUUUCAUCACCCUCAUCCAUCUCACAGUCCAGUGAGAGUGAUCAAGCGAGCACCACUGUGGCUACGAGUGUGGUCAGGCAGGAGCCCUCCACAGCUGCCACGGCCGGGAGCUCACCCAGAGAGACCAGCAAGCCCCAUGUCACACACCAGCCCCAGAAGAGCACCAUCUUCACUCCCACCAGGUCACCUCUCCCUACGGAACCCAUGGAGCUGCUUGGUGGCCGCGUCGUGUCUGUGUCCGCUCCCGUGACGGUCACACAGACUGCCUCACCUAGAGAGGCCACCACCCGAGGGGACACCUUUGGGAAGGCAACACUGCUGCUCACCACAGCCAGUGUUGCUCCACAGGCUGGCCCAACAGAUGCACCCCCUAGUCCCUCACAAAGUGCAACAAAUCAGGGCAGCAUUGUCCCCACAGUGGCAGUGACCACGGUGAAACCUCCUGUGCUGACAACGCCGUCCGGUCGCCGGCCCACCCCAGGUGAGGCCAGCACCAUGAGAGACCACAGGGCCCAGACACCCACUGCCACUAAACACGGUUAUACCACUGGUAAAAGCACAGAAGCCAUGGGUCCCACCACUGCAAAGCCUGGCAAGGUCACUGAGGAAAACAUCCCUGUUACAAGUCCUUCCAAAGCACCUCCAACCAUCAAGACCACCAAAGUGAGCAUUACAACUACUUUGGCUGCUACCAAACCAACCACUGCUCCUCCGUCGAGCAGCACGGUCGGGCUGAGGACAUCCCCUCCAGCUGCAGAGGUGGAUAAAUGUCUUUCCAACCCUUGUCCUGCACUGGCCACCUGCAACAACACCCAUGGCUCCUAUAUCUGUCAGUGUCCUCUUGGAUAUGAGCUGGAAAAAGGGAAGUGCAAUUUAGUGAGAAUAUUUAUUGGCAAGGUUCCCCUGAAACUUAAUAUCACUCAUGGGAAAUACACAGAGCUCUUCCACAUCGAGAGGGAGAUCCUGGAGGUGCUCAAUGCAUCGCUGUCAGGCUUGCCAGGAUACCACCACUCCACAGUUAAGGCAAGCAGGGAGGCAAAUUUUGUGCACGUUUCAGUGCAAUCCACGUUCUCUUUAGCAUCCAACGUGACUUUCUUCGAUGUUAUCGGCAGUGUGAAAAGCUACAUUCAAGCUUGCAAAUCCCCCACUGAAGCCUGCCAGUUCAUAUCAAGCCUGAAAUCACUCCACAGAGCUGGCAGCUUGUGCAGACAGAAGGACCCUGAAUGUGACAAGGAAACUUCAGAAUGCACCGACUUUGAUGGGGUCGCUCUCUGCCAGUGCAAAAGUGGGUACUUCAAAUACAACAAGAUGGACCACUCCUGCAGAGCCUGUGAAGAUGGAUACAAGCUGGAAAACGAGACCUGUGUGAGCUGUCCCUUUGGCUUGGGUGGAUUCAACUGUGGAAACCCGUACCAGCUCAUCACGGUGGUGAUUGCAGCUGCAGGAGGGGGACUGCUGCUGGUCAUGGGCAUAGCACUGAUUGUCACCUGCUGCCGGAAGAAUAAAAAUGACAUAAGUAAACUGAUUUUCAAGAGUGGGGAUUUCCAGAUGUCACCUUAUGCUGAAUAUCCGAAGAAUCCCCGGGCACAGGAGUGGGGCAGAGAGACCAUCGAGAUGCAGGAGAAUGGAAGCACCAAGAACCUGUUGCAGAUGACAGAUGUGUAUUAUUCGCCAACUGGACUGAGAAAUCCUGAACUGGAAAGAAAUGGACUUUAUCCUCCCUACACUGGUUUGCCUGGAUCUCGACAUUCGUGCAUCUACCCUGGACAAUACAAUCCAUCCUUCAUCAGUGAUGAAACCAGAAGAAGAGACUACUUUUAGCAAAGAGUGGAGAGGGAGUGGAAGAUUGACACAGUUGUGUGGCCCUUAAUUCCCAGGUACAAUCUGUCUCCUGGGUAGUUGAGGCCACAUCAAUCUUACUCUUCCCAUUUAAUAGGAAGGACUUUGAACUUCAUGCUGAGCAUUGCUGCCCUGAGGGACAGUUACAGUUGCUGAGCAUCAGAGAGGAGGAGGAAGAGGAGGGAAUGGCUCAAGAAGCACAUCACUAAAAGACCCAGUGGGAAGCUCACACGUGUACUCCUUAUUCAUUCUUCGCUCUUCGCGCUACACGGGCAAGCAUGGAUCAGUACAGGCAGAAGAACUGUGCCCAGCACUCUGCAUUGAAUACCACUAGGGAGUGUCUUGUUUACAGAUCUCGUUCACUGUUGACUGUGCUUGUCUUCCUAGCCACCCUUCAUGCAAAGAUUCACUGUGCAAUUGCUUUUGGUCAGGCAAGUUUGUCCACUCCCUUCUAGACCGCUGCCUUGCUGUCGGCUUCGUGCAGGACAGGGAAGCUGGCCUGUGUUCUGGCCCUCACCUUCAUACUGGUAAAAGUUCUCCAGAUUUCUGGGUCCUUGCAAAGCCGGGUGUCUGGCAAUAUUGGCUGAAUUCAUGGGUUGAUUGUCUCCCAGGAGUGCAGGACGGUCAGUCACACCACUGCAAUUUUAACAGAAAAAAGGCACAGUUGUUCCUCUGUGCUGCUUUGAAAACCUUCUGUAUGUAGGGAAUGUUUUUGUUUUUUCAACCAAAUUGUUCAGAAGUGAUGCCACUACAUGCCAUCAUGGUGCUUCCAUAUGGGAUCCUCUGGGGCUCUGUUCCCCUGCAAGGAUUUAAAUGCCUGUAGACACAGCAAUAUAAUAUUAAAUAAUUCCUUCCAGGGAAGAAGAAGAUGAGAUGGGAAUUCAGAAUGCUUUUUAUGAGGAAUCUCUGAAGGAGUAAUAAUGCUGUAGCCUUGGCUGGGCAGAGGAACCUGAAUUCUGGGCACUGAAGGUGGGAUAUAUUUUCAAGCCCCCAGAGCCCACCUUGAAUUUGUAGGCGCUGUGGAGACUUUCAGUGCAUUGGAAAAGAGGGCUUACUGCAGUCAGUUGCAUUCAAGGAAGAGAAAAACAUGAUGCUUGCAAUCCUAGCAUAGCAAAGGUCACUUAUGUUGAAGUGUUUUUCUUUCUUCCAUCUUAGUUUCGAGUGAUUCAGACCAGGCAAGUUUCCUCACCCAGGUGUGUUCGUUCCUAUUAGCAGAAGCUGAAGAAUGUAAGUUACUGCAUUUCUCACCAAAGACCAGGCUGAAACUCAUGGACUGUAUUCUGACCUAAAGUGAAUGUGGAAAGAGAUCUUACUAAUCACAGAACCCUGGGAUGGGUUGGGUUGGAACGUAUCUUACAGAUAAUUUUUUUCCAACUCCUCUGCCAUAAGUACGGACACCUUCCACUAGACCAGGUUUCUCAAAGCCCCAUCCAGCUUGGCUUUGAACACUUGCAGGGAUUGGGUAACUUCUCUGGGCAACCUGUUUCAGUGCCUCACCAUUCUCAUAAUGAAGAAUUUCUUUCUUGUAACUAAUCCAAAUCUACCUUCUUUGCUUUAAAAUAAUUUCCCUUGUCCUAUCCCUACAUGCCCUUGCGAUAAGUCCCUCUCCAGCUUUCUUGUAGGCCUCCUUUGGUUACUGGAAGGUUCUCUAAGAUCUCCUUGGAGCCUACUCUUCUCCAGGCUGAACAGCCCCAACUUUCUCAGACUGUCUUCAUAGGAGAGAUGCUCCAGCCUCUGACCAUCUUUGUGGCCUCCUCUGGCCUCAUUUCUUCUGGUGGCACCACUGAACACAGCACUGCAGGUGGGCUCUCAGGAGGGCAGAGUAAGAAGGGAGGGAGAGAAUCCCCUCCCCACCCUGGUUCUGGUGCUGCCCAGGGCACAGCUGGCUGUGAGAGCACAUUGCUGGGUCAUUGCUUCUCACCAACCAACACCCCAAGUCCUCAGGGCUAGUUUCUAUUCUCCAACAGCCUGCAUUUGUGCUGGGGAUUGCUCCGGCUCACAUGCGGGAAAUAUAAUUAAAUAUCAUGAAGUAUAUUUACCACUUAUCUUUACUGCACUGUUAAUCUGAGUCAUCCAAAGCCUGUUUAGAUACAAGGUCCAGAUGCAGUUUCUCCUCUUGAAUGUGAAUGUACUUUUAAUUCAAGGUGGCUGCUUGUGUAAGGAUAACAAAUAGCACAGUUCCUUCGUCACUAACUCACCAUAUCUCUAGUAUGUACAUAAGCUGAUGUUCCCUUCUCCCCAGACAUGCUUUAAAAGACACAGUGCCUACAACUAAGUUCAUAGGUAGCUCAGCUCACUGAAACACUGAGGAUAAUGGGGUGCAUCCCCCAAAAUGCCUAGGCCCAGUUCAGAUGCUCCUGUGUUGUGUGGCUGCUCACUGGAGGCAAACCUGGGGUGAUGAGGAGCUCUCCAUCAGGGAGCAGGUACUUGCAUCCUACAGAUGGUGUGAGUUCCCAGAUCCUUUGCCAGCACUUUAAAGGCUGUUGUGUUCCUUACCAAAGGUCAGUAACGGGUAUCCAGAGGGAAGUGAGACAGCAACGGGCAAUUAUAAGCUGUGGUGGCUUAGAGGUUUCUGGUCCCUGCUCACAGUUGCCUCUGUUUUCUCAAAACUUCAAGACAGGAAAGGUGCCACAGAUGUGCUUGAGAAGGCACAGUUUAGUGCAUCAGCCACAGCACACAAACACAGUGUCUUUUUUAUGCCUCAGCUCUUGUCUUCUGUGUAGAAGCAGCAGUGUGAGCUUGCAGAGAGACAGAGCUUUAUAGACACCUAGGGCAGUAUCCUCUGCACUUACGUGAACUUUUGGUGACAAUGCAUGCAACUUCACACCUGUCUGAUCCAUAAUCAGCCUGGCAGCUGGCAGUGCACAGCUGAUCUUAGCUGUGGGGGGAAAGGAAUGCAUGCUCAUGGGAAGUACAGAUGCCUAAGGAACUGUAUUUAAGGAAGGCUCUACUUAGUGUCCAAGAUAUUGCAACAGGUAAAGCACAAGAAUUAGAUGUUCCCUGCCACGCUGAUCAGAGUUUUCAUCCAGGACAGAAAGGACUGCCUUUUCCCUGGUAUGGAGCAGAGCUAUAUUUUUGUUACAAAAGAAAAGAAGAAGAUGCAAUUCAUGCUAAAUAUAAAUCCAAAGCCUAUAGACAAGCACUGGACUUUGUCCCUUUUGAGUAAAGCAGCUUGUGAUAAGGAGGUGUCCCAGCAAUGACGAGAAUCCCAUGAUUUACCCAUGUGCCAGCAUUUCUUCAGAUGGGGAAGCAUUUAGGCCUGUGCUUAUAGGCAAAGAUGUUUAACUGCUUGGUUAGUUCAAAGGCUAGGAGAUGAACUUCUGCGUGUCAAGUACAAAGGACAAAGUAUGGCACACCAACUCACAAUUGCAGGUCAGUUCUUCUGCACAAAGAGUACAUGAACAAAACUUCUGGUCUGUAUUUCCCAGCACACUGCAAAUUGCAAGGGAUUUGAGUGGAAUUGAGAUAGGGCUAUUUCUAAUGAGAGCACACAAAAGUUUGCAAGUAAUAAUUUUAAUACCUUAAUGGUCUUCAAAUUCUUAUUGAAUUGCAUCUGGAGAGAAAAGAGUCUCAGUAAAUCCAGCAAGAUUUUCUGAGUGAGGACUGCAAAACUUGGAAUUUUCUGAAAGAGUGUCAUUGCACUGAAAUUUUCUCUCUUCCAGUGGAGGUAAACAUUGGGGCAUUUCUUAUGAGGGUUUAUCCAUUACAGCCUGACCUAUUUGGGUAAGAAAGGAGUCUCAGAGCCAAGGCAUAGUCCACAGGAGGAGGAAGAGGAGGAGAAGGGUCUCUCCUGGCCUGCCACACCUUCUCUGGGUGUCUUAGGAGGCCCUGCCCAGCAGGCAAGGGAGGGGUUUAGGCAGGAGGAGUCAGCACCCAGAUGAGUGCAGGUUCUUUCCCCCAGAGUGUUCCGGGAAGCUUUUGGGAAGGUGACAGAGGCAGCCUGGGGUGAUUCAGCCCCUGGGUCUCCACCAGCCCAGCUGCAACCUGUGCUGCAGUGCUUGUCUUCAGCCAGGCACCACCCACUCCCAGCUCCACUGGGACAGCAGGGGUGGGUGCAGUGCGCUGUGCUGUGUCACAGUUUUUGAUGGUUAUUUUACUGCAGUGUUCACUGCCUCACCCCAGCAGUACUGACUCGCCCAGCCGCAGUAGGGAUGUGGGCAGAGUUUCAGUGCAGGUUAAUAUUAGGUUUAAUAUUGUAAAGCUGCCACCAGGAUCCUCUCUGUGUCUGCCAUGAACAAAGUGCCCUUUGGCAGUGGAGUGGGGCUUGUUACUCCUCUUGGGUAUAGGAAGGGUCUCUAUGUGCCCUCAAGACCACUUUCAAAAUCAGAUGCUUCUCUGUUCACAACCUAACUCCCUGUAGGAUGUCUACAUACAUGCAGCUUAUUUCUCAUCUCUCUUUUAGAUUACUUCUAGCUACAAUUUUCAAAAUUGAAAAUUUUGAGCACACUGGAUGUUUUUGCCAAGGGGAAUCACUCUCCACUAUGUGAGAGAAUAGGAGGGAAGUGGCAUGUUUUUGGUAUGGAGAAUGCAAGUGGUUUAGCCAGAUGUGGGGAAAGGAAUUAAAGCUACACCAACACUGCUCAUAAAUCUGCUAUUGCUCCUGGCUGCUGUGGAAAGUCAGGGGAGAAGUCAGCAAUGACCCAUGGGCAGUUGUGUGGGUGUAUUUUUAAUUACAUUUGGGAGAAGAUGCUAAUUCUGUUGCUUGACAGGAAAAGUUGUGAGAGGCAUGUGUUUGCUGCUAUGGUGCUCUGCCAGUUAUACUGACAAAAUGCCUUACCCACAAAAAUACCCCUGACAGUCAGCAUAGGAGAGGCAGUCCCAGUGAACUGAUCAGCAAAACACACAUUUGAGGAAUCUUUCAAAAGGCAUCUUGAACAUACAGUCUUCCUGUGUCCUGCUGCUUGCCCUGGCCAGUCCUUCCAGCUGCACUGGGGAAAUCAGGGUUCUUUUUUCAUACUGUUGAAACCACUGAAUUGGGCUGUAAGUGGAAAAAGUGGGCCAGGUUUUCCUCCACACUGGAAGCAUUAGGUUUUAUAGCAGCAAUGAAUCUCAUUGCUCCCAUGGCAUUUCCCAUAAGACCCACUGGCACAGUCAUGUACUGAGUUACUGCUCAUGAGCAGCUUUAUGAAAGUUAUCUGCCUCCAUGCUGCAGGGUAGUAAAAGGCUUUAAAAAUAGCAAUAAAUUGCAGUUAGAGAGAGGUAUUUAUCAUUGUGAAAUAGUUUGUGCCAGUGCUUGUAUAGGUUGUUUGCUGGGACCUGAGUGAGCACAGAGUGGGUUUGGACACUGCUGCAGAUUCGCCAAGUUGCUUUCCCAGGACUCAUCUCUGCUGCUGGUCAAUGGCCAUAUCCAUUCCAAAUCCAGCUGGAAUUUUCAUUCCCUAAUAGUAAUCUUUAGCUUUCUUCCUUAAAUUAGCGAGAACGGAUGCAUUUUAGUUAAAUGCUCUUCCUAUGCUGACUAAUGUUUUUUCCUCUUUACACACAAAGGAUGCAAUCCAGCAUCCCUACAGUGACUGGGGCAACUCUCCCAUGGACUGUAAAGAAGUUUUUUUUAGGCCUGAAUUACUCCACCACCAGGAUCACCUGCCUGUAGUACAUGCUUUCCCAUGGCUCUGUCUUCCUAUUUCUGUGAUACUGUUCCUGCCUUUCCAUGUUGUAUCUAUUUUUUUUAAAGCAUCCUUAUUACUGUAGCGGGACCUGUGUUAUGAACAAAACAGCUUCAAGAUUGGAAACAGUUUCCAGGGAAGAGAGUGAAUGUGAAUUUUGUGUAGUUGUUUUACAGGUCAGCCAGCCUCUUUCCUGUCAUGUAAUAUCUAGGGAUGUAGAGAAGCUUCCUGCUGUCACACAUAGCAACUGCUCUGCAGAUCGCUCUUGCCUGUCCCUUUAGAAAUUAAGCAAGGUCUCCUGAUUUCAGAAGGGGUAUGUCCUAUGCUUGUAAGAGUUUGGGACAUUUUCAAUUCCCAUUUAAUUCUUCAUUCCCUUGAGCUGCUGAAAUUGAAAAGCAGGAGAGAAAUUCACGAAGAAGUACCAAAAUUUAAAAAAAAAAAAAAAAAAAAAAAAAGCUUACUUAUAUUGCAGAAGUGUGACUUCAGUACUGUGAGAUCAAGUGUGGGAUGACACCUCUUCUGUGUCUAGUCUGUGUUGCAUAAUAUCCUUGUUGAGGGAAUACCUAGCAAGGGCACCAGAUGUUCCUCCAAAGUGGUAUUGAAAUCCUAAAUCACUCAGUCUCUAUUUCAAUGAAAUGCUAGAAGAGAUGGGAGUCCUACUUGUGUUAAUGACUGCAGCAGGCAGCCCCCAGGUCAGCAAAAUCCUGUAUGGAAAAGUCCUGUGGAAUACAGUAAACACUGAUCACUUCUCUUGAAUAUGGCUAUAGAAUUUGCUGAACAUAAAAAGGUCUUCAAUAAAAUCUGCUAGGAUGGGUUUACUUUAAAGAAAAAAAAAAAAGAAGCUGAACAGGGUAAAUAUUUACUGCCUUCACUUUUUAAAGGAAAUUCUGUUAAACUCAGUUAUUUGCUUUAAACCCAUUAAAUUCUACUGGACUUUCUCCCAGUAAAAGGUGAAACUUGGUGUGUAAAAUCAUAAUGAUUUAUUUAAGCAGCUUUUAGAACUGCAGUAGUAAAGCUCACCUUUUGUGAACUCUCUUCCAAAAGAUAAAUUUUCAGCAUUUGUUUGUGCUUCUUUACAACCUGAAUGUAAACCUGCUUUAUGUUCUUGACAUUGCUCCACUCCCUUUCCUCUGUCUCUGAAUGUUUGCUUCCAAGUUUCUGGGGUUCUGAGGAUGUUUUCCAAACCAGUAUUAUUUAAAGUUGUAUCAUAAUUUCAGCCUCCACUAAUUAUACAGUACUGUAGUAGCAAAAUAUAAUUUUUAAGGAUUGGAUUAUUUUUAUACCUGCAUCCAAUAUUAUUAAAUCUGGCGUUCUAGUCAGUAUCAUAAAAGGAUACAAUAAAACAAUUAAUAUUA